UUUAGCUCCUUCAUGAUUUGAUGCUAUUUCUCUUAAUGGUGUCUCCUCUUACUAUAAAAAAUGGCCAAGAAUACAACAUUAUUCACAAUCCCUUAAUGAACAGUAAUUCGUCCACUUCAGCACCACAGCUCACAUAUUCUUCUACGCAAACCUUGUCACUGUAAACAUUUCUUGCCCUAAUUCCUGUCGCCCCUUUCUUGUUUCACAUCUCAUCUUAUCCCUGAUAUCCUCCUCACUGCCUUUUUCCUCCCUUUUUCAUCUUCAACCCUUAACCUGUAAUCAUUGUUUCUUCUUCUGCAAAAAACUUCUAUAGAGAAACAGGGCUUUUUAUUCUUGAUCGAUUCAGAAGAUGGGCGGUGGCAACGCUCAAAAAUCCAAGACGACUCGCGAAAGAAACAUUCUUGAAAUAUGGGACACUCCUUGCAACCUUCUGAUCCAUGGCAUUAAGAAGCCAUCCUAUGACCACAUCGUUUACUCUAUCCCAAGAUUUGCCAAGGGAUGUGUUGUUCACAGGGCGUUUCACAGACCCAUCCACAAACCCUAGCUUAUUUUUCCUGAUAAAACUAUAGUCACAGCCCUUUUCCAACCCUUAAAACCCACACCUGUGAACAAGUUUGUAACAAUCUUUAAACCUGUGUCUGUGGGAUGUAAAAUAUAUGGAAUGGCUUGAUUCAAAGUGGGAUUAACAUGCUUGUCUUUAUUUGCCAUCAAAAAGAAAAGAACAGAUGAAAAGACAAAGAGAACAAAAGUUAGAAUGGAAGAACAGAAGGGCGAAAACAGAAGAAUCAGAAAAGAAAGAAAAUGGUUCUUUGACAGGAACUAGGAUCGAGGAUUCAAAGCAUUUACUCUGAUACCAUGUGAUAAUUGAGCCAAAGGAAAAACAAAGAAAAUGAUUUUAUGAAUCUCAAUUAAUUAAUGUACACAUAGGUUAGCUCUCUAUAUAUAGAGCAACAAGAAAUCAAGAAACAGAAUACAAAAGGGAAUUACAACUCAUAUAACAAACUCUGAGUUUGUUAUAACUAACAACUAACUACUAACAGAAACCUAUCUUAUAAACUAAGGUAAAAUAAGGAAUCAGUGCUGUUGUCUUGAAUGCAAUAGAGAACAUGUUGUAGCCUUUUGUGUAGCUUAUCAAAUACACCACCACACCUCCUUUAAGCAAGACACUGGUUCUUGAGCUUUGAGCUUGAAACACGACUUCUGCAAUGAGCCUGUAGCUGCUCGAAUACAAUCAAACCAAACAUACUUUGUCAUAAUCAUAUAUGCUGACAUGAUAAAUCUUUUCCAAAGGGUAUCAUCUUCUUUCGUGAAUCUCCACCACCAUUUAAAAAGUUGACUCAAAUUCUUAUACAAUAUAUUACCAACACCAAGGCACCCUAUUUUCUUUGGUAAUUCUAAAUUUGACCAUUUCACUACAAGAGCAGUUCUCUUUUCGCCAGUAUAGUCCCCCUAGAUGAAUCUUCUUUGCGUAGCUGUGAUUUUCUUAGCUACUAAUUUUGGCAUCUUAAAUAGACUCAUGAAGUAGAUUGGAAGACUUGAUGUAACACCCUCAUAAUAAGGUCCAAUUUUAAAAACACAUUUUAAAAGAAAACAUAUGCCAAGUUCUUAUCAUGAGAGCGUUACCGCCACAUCUAUUGCUGAUAAGGAAUAAAUGUAAAGCUAAGCAACUAUAAAGUAAGUUAACAAAGGGAUAUUCUACAUGGUAGGAAUAAAUUAUGGCAAAAGACCAGUGGUAGCAAUUCUUAAAAAAAUUUCCACAAAAUAACACUCUACUUUUGAACAUUGAGCUAUAAUAACAUUAUGAAGGAAAAAAAGUUUGUUUUUCCACUAUGUUGUGAAAUUGUCAUUUUACCUUUCCUCUUCCAUUAAUCUUCUUCCUCAACUACUCAAAUCAUCAAGAUUGCAUCACUUAUCAGUAAUUUGUUCAAGUUUCUUAAAACUCAUUUAGGAUGCUCAUGGAUUUAUCAUUGGGGCAUUUAGGAUGCUCAUGGUAGGUUGCCCAUUGUAGGACAUUUUCAACUUGUGGUUCAACAACAUUAUUCUCUUCGAUAAGUUUCUGGGGUUGGUUGUGAACUCAAUUUUGCCUUCUCAUAAUACUCUAACCUUAGAUCUUUAGUCUUAGGAUCCUUUAACAAUUCUCUAAUAAGUUUGUUAAGAUUCUGUUCCUCAUAUUUUGGAGCUCCAUAAGUGAAUUCAACAAGGGGAAGAACAGGGGAAGGUUCUUCUUCUAGAACAGGAGAAGGGUAAGUUGAGGAAUGAACUAUGAUGAACUUGGUGGGCGAUGGACGAGAGAAAAUGGUUUGAAAAGCUUUGAAAAUGGUGAAUUUGGUUGAAUUAUGAAGUGGCUAUAUAAGAUUUGAAGGUGAAAUGCCUGAAGAAGUGCGAAUUGCCAUCAUAGAAGAAGAUGGAUAAUAUUGGAAUGAAGACAGUUAUUAUGCAGUUACAAAUGUAUUUUCAGUUAAUAUUAGACAGUUACUCCCAUGAUCUCCAUUUUGGAGAACUGAUGGUUUAGGAUUAAUGUUAGACAGUUAUUUUUCCUUAGCUUCCUAAAAUUAGAAUGUUGCAUAUGUAUAUUUAAAGAGGAGUUGCUUUAAUCAGAAAUAAGAACAAUAUUCUUUCAAUAAACAAAAACAUCAGUAUAUUUAAAUCUACAUGGUAUCAGAGCCCUAGGGUUCAGAUUCGGGAAGGCAUCAUCAUUUACCGGGUCUUACCUCGAAAAUGGCUGAUUCAUCAGAAAACCAAACACAGCAAAGCUUAAUGUCCAUGGAACAAAUGGAACAAAUGUUUCAGAUGUUCCAGAAAAUCAACAACUCAACCAACCAAACCGAAAACCCAACAUCAUUCAAAAUCUCAGAAAAACUAACAUACCACAAUUAUACAAAAUGGUGCAAAUUAAUGCACGUUGCAAUUGGAGGCCGGGGGCGGCUCAGUCACAUCACUGCCAGACCCCCACCACUAUCAGACCCCAAUUAUAACCAAUGGGCACAAAAAGAUGCCAUGGUUAUCGCAUGGAUAAUCGAGAACAUAAAUGGAGAUAUUGUCAAUCAAUUCCUGGACUACACAACAGCACACAGCCUAUGGCAAGGGAUCGAAGGUCUCUUAGGAUGUGGUAGGGAUGAACUACAAAUCUUCGAUUUGAGUUCAAAGGCAUCGACCUUAAAGCAGAACAAUGACACCAUUGAAGUUUACUACGGGAAGCUCAACAUGUUAUGGACAGAAAUAGAUCGAAGAAUGCCAAAUCCGAUGAAUUGUCCACAGGAUAUAACAGAGUUCAACAAAUACAUCCAAAGACAGAGGCUAUAUCAAUUUCUUACCGGGAUUAAUGAUAGUCUUGACAAAGAAAGGAGAGAAAUUCUCAACCGGGAACCCUUACCGACGGUGGAGAUGGCAUAUGCUACGAUCAGAUGAGAGAUAUCACG